AUGGAAUAUCGCCGCGUCGUGCAGGAGUUCCGAAUCCCCGCAGCUGUACUGCAAUGCUUUAUUCUUGGCUGCGCUUGUGCUUAUUUCGCUUACCAGCUCAAAUCGAUCGCUGAGUCGGCGGACAGUCCGCCCGUUGACGUGCGGAUGGAACCCUUCCGAAAUUUCUCACAGUGGGCAUUGUGCGCACAUCCAAGUGAUCCAGACGGAGACGUUUCUAAGAUUGGGGUGGGAGUGCAGAGCUCAUACACGGCUAUAGAAACCCUGGGAGUCUUCAGCGGCAUGGAUGAGACCUUCAGCAAGCAGCUUCUCUCAACAGUUUACAAUCAAACUGUGCUGUUCGACAGCACGUACGGCAACAAUUUGACCUGCGCCAUCGUGGAUGCUGAAAGCAUCCAAGGCAUGCUCGUACCUGGAACUUUCACGCUUUGCUCUGGGAUCGGUCCGUAUGGCUGGCUGCUGGUAAAAUCAGACGGAGGAUGGCAGUUUGUUAACCAGUUUGCGCAUGCCGAGUACCAUGUAAUGAAGCUAUCUUCGUAUGUGCAUGGGUUCAACUCGGGCUAUACCGUGGAACUACAACGGUUCUUCUCUGCUCAAUCUAAGUACAAUACUAGAUGGUGGGGGAGAGGUGGCAACAUUAGCGCAGUCUGCCAAUGGAAGCAAUCAGCUCCAGCUUCCAUGGCCGGCACUGUUUUUGUCAUUGUUGUGGAGGACCGUGUGAUAACAAAGUCAGUGGAACUUGGCAUGCUGCCACAGUUGUUCAGUUUGCUGAGCAGUUUGGGCGGACUCAUGGGCCUAGCGGGCCUCGCAUUCACCACAAUCUUUGUGAAAAAGUACCCGUACGGUGACUCUGAGUUGCGCACGCUCAUUGGCAAUGCCGUCAAGCAAGAUGGUGCCCAACUCGAAGAAGGUUUGUUCGCACAGACCUUUGGAUGCCUUGGCAGUCGACUGUCACGACACGGGAACACAGGAGCUCAAGCAACAGAGUAG